UGUCAACUCCUGUCAGCUCUCGCUUGUCCGAAACAAAGAAGAAAGUUUAUUCGACGUGCUCUCGGUGCCCUCGGACGAGUGUAAAGUUGCCAGAUACUCACGAUGCUACAAAAAUUCACGUCGGUUCGACUAGCCGUAUCGAUGUAACAUGCAUUAAUGUACUGUGGCAUUAGUAUCGAGUAUCUGGCAGCCUUAUACCCGUCUGAGGGCACCGAGACUACGUCGAAUAAACUGUCUUGGACUAUUCUCAGCGCAUUCAAAUAGCCGUCCGUAUUCUCAAUUCUGCCCUGUUUUUGAUUUUCACGACACCUGACUGAUCCUGAUGCCACUUACCUCGAAUUACACCACCCUCAUCUUCGACAUCGGAGACGCUCUACGCAACAUUCUGUCCUCUUCCCCAUGGAUUGACUAUGAGAGGGGGAAGAUUUCUCAAGCCGAAUGUUACGCUAGGGUCGGCGGUGAAUUUUCUAUAGACCCAACAGAGGUUGGUCGUGCAUUUGCAGAUGCUCGUGACUCGCUGCAGUCCAACGAAGACCUCAUUUCCGUUAUUCGACACCUCAAAGCACGCUCCAACGGAAUGCUACGUGUGUUCGCCAUGUCAAAUAUCUCUGCGCCCGACUAUGAAGAUAUUCGUAACAAGCUUGCUGACUGGUCGUUGUUCGACGACAUAUUCACCUCUGCUGGGGUGGGUGAGCGGAAGCCUACCCUUGGCUUCUACAAGGCGGUGCUUUCGAGCACAGGGGCUGACCCCUCCCGCACCAUCUUUGUGGAUGACAAAACAGAGAAUGUCCUAUCUGCGCGUUCGCUAGGAAUGCGCGGUAUUAUUUUCGACGAUAACCGUAAAGUCAUCCGCGCGCUUUAUAACCUACUGGGAGAACCUGUCGAAAGGGGCAGAGAGUACUUGACGCUGAAUGCCAAGAAACUCCAGUCUGUCACUGACACCGGCAUUCUUUUGCGGGACAACUUCGCUCAGCUUCUGAUAUUGGAGGCGACUCACGACCGGAGUCUUGUCGAUUUGCCUGAUACGCCUCGAAUUUGGAAUUUCUUCGAAGGAAAAGCAGUGCUUUGUAGUACUGAAGACCUUCCCUCUGACUUGGAAACCACUUCCCUCGGGUGGACCAUAUUGAACGGCGCUGAGGACGUCGCACACUCCGUCAUGGAUGAAAUGCUUGACUACAUUGAUGAUGAUGGUAUCAUUCAGUUAUACUUUGACCACCGCCGACCUCGGUUCGAUCCGGUCGCGUGCAUCAAUAUACUUGCAUUGUUCUAUUCUUAUGGGCGUGGUCACCAGCUCAACCGCACCCUUCAUUGGAUACGUGAGGUGCUCCUCCACAGAGCUUAUCUCGAUGGCACACGAUAUUACGCCACCCCAGAGUGUUUCCUUUAUUUCCUUGGCCGACUGCUUCAAAUCGGCAAUGACGUCAACUUGGUAGCCGAUUUAAAGCCGCUGCUGAUUGAACGCGUUCAAGAGCGCAUAGGGGCCAAGGGAGACGCUCUGGCGCUUUCCAUGCGUCUCCGGGUUUGUGCCUACCUUGGACUGCGCAGCGACGUUGAUAUUCACGCUUUGUUGUCUCUGCAAUGCGAAGAUGGAAGCUGGGAAAUCGGGUGGAUCUAUCAUUAUGGUGUCUCCGGUAUCAAUAUCGGAAACCGUGGUCUUACAACGGCCAUGGCUAUAAAAGCCAUCGUGGAGAUGCAACGCUGCCCUAGUCCCCCUCCAUCCACAUCACUAGCGCCUAAAAUUCCCUCUCCAGUCAGGCUUACAUCACUGCCCAAUCUCCUCCUAAGCGCUUUUUACAUCACAGGGGCAAGUCUUCAAUCACUGGCAGCUCUGUUGCGAAGAAUGCUGCCGUACUACCAGUGACCGUAUUCGCAAAUCAUUCAUUUUGGAUGACGGAUGGAAUAAUGAAAAUCGCAGACGAGGCAGCGUUCCGGCGCUAGAUUUUCCGCCAUGGCUCGAGAGCUCUUACCUUUUUUCCCCCUCACUGUCCAAUAUCAACACUCUUCAACAGUAGAACACACGGAUUCGUCUUACAUCACCAUUGACAUAGAGACGUAGACCGCUGAUAUGUUCAAAACAAACCAUUCAAAACCGAAUAUAUAGUGUGCUUUUCUUCGAAAAUAUGUAUCACCCUCUUACGCACUGAAGUAUGUACUACUUAUGUUUGUGUAUCAUCUGAUACCAGGGGGUUUUCUUUCUACUUAAAUCGGUCACAUCGUCAUAUAUAGCAGAACCGUGCAUCAUUUGUUAUUCCUCUAGAUAUGGCCCAGAAAUGGCGGGGAGUUUGCAAUCGAGGUUUUUUUCUGGCUGUG